AUGGCGAGUACCACGUACGCAGAACGCAGAGCCCCGGCGGCCGAUGCAUCGCUCGAGGCGGGGGCCAUCCGGAGGCUGCCGCGAGACCUCCGAGAGAAUAAGCAUCGGUCGUUGAUCCGCCGUGCCGCUUGGACUGACGUGCAGGAGACUCCACACGAUGCGCGGCAGGGCCCCUCGGGGCUUGCGGACCCGGCUCCCGCUGGCCCACCGAUCCAGGCUUCUCGCCGCCCCAGCAGCGAGGCUGGACCUGCGCGUUCCUUGUGCUCCGUCAGUUCCGCACUGGGCGUCGUUUGCGCGCUACUGGUGGCCAUCUACUUGCUGAGUCCCUGGCUCGCAGCGACGCCCGACGUCCAUGCGGGGACUGACGCCUCCCCUGCCAGCGAGCACCCGCCGUCCCCACCCUUCUCCUGUCCCGACGGCGGAGCCCUCUGCGACCCGCCGCGCUUCUUCACGUACACGCAGCAAAGCAUCACUCGGUGCGCGGACAGGCUGACCGAAGAGAAGCCUGACCACAGGGGCAAGCUGGUUCCCACGAUGCUGGCCAACGUCACCACGCCCGAUUUCGUCCAGUACAACGAAACGAAGCGGGCAUUGUACAAAAGCAUGAUCCUCGGGAGCAAAACGAUGGUGCUGUCUCUGGCAGGGGAGAUGCAGACGUUGCGCCAGACAAUGGUGACGAAAGAGGCUCUGCACAUGCGCCUCGCGCUCGAAAACAUUACGUCGUGCGCAGUCUCUGCUGCCGCGACGAACCCGGCCAUCACAUUCAUACGGUCCUUUGCGUUCGUCCGGCGAUGGGAGCAGCCGGCGACGAGCCAUGCCGAAGUGGGGAGCUGCGAAGCCGAGGUCCUCACGCAGUUCCUCGCCGCGGUAGAUGAGACCUACGCCGAGUACCUGGGGUCUCUCGUACCGCUAGCCACCCAACUUGACGAAGCCAUGUCAUUGUUCCAGCUCGGUGUUCAGGGCAUGUACAAGCUCAUCUUGGUCGCUUGGGGCGCCGACGUGGACAUGUUGACAAAGUGGAAAUGCAGAUUCUUGAACCGGGGCGUCUCAUGUCAACAAUGGAAAACGGGCGAAGGCCCCGCGCAAACAAUGUUCACUAUGCUUUACAGCGCCGACGUGACGCUCAUGAUCGGAAGGGUCGAGGCAACGACUCGUCCGAUAGUGGUCGAUAAAGAGAACCUAAUAAAGUACAUGGAGGCGAAGCACGGCGUACCUGCCGCGCUCGAGCGUAAGAAACAGGCGUACAAGGCGUUCCGUGAGGGUCCAGACGCGGCAAGGCUGGAGGUAGGGAGGAUAGGAAACGUAAUCAUGACGGGGCAACAUGUGGGCGAAGAGUUCAGAUGGGAGGAUGAAAGUGACAACCAACGGGGUUCAAGCUAG